CGGGAAGAUUUUCCGUCCGUCCGGCUCUGCGGACUCAAGGAGAGAAAGGCUGAACUGUUCCUGUGUGUAACCACACUCUGGACCUAAAAAGAUUCAUAAAUAUCUUUAUACAGGCCCACAUCUGCCUCCCCAUGCAGAACUCCAUGAAAUGAAUAAAGCACCACAGCCUAUAACGGGACCCCCUUCCACCCCCCACCCUGCCCCCUCCCCUGGUCUCUCACAGCCCUCUUUCCCCCCUGGGCAGCCUCCCUCUGUUGUGUUUGCCACCCCACCGCCUCCACAAAUGAACCCAACACCACAACCCCGACAGUUUGCCCCAGGGCCCCGACCUAUACACCAACAGGGAAGCUUCAGAUCGCUACAGCCCUACUACACAAAUAGGGCCAGCUUGCCCCCCAGCAGUGGGCCACGGGGCGUUCCCCCCAGCAGCGCCCCUCGGCCUGUGACUCCCACCCACGUCUACCAGCCGGGGCCUGGUUCCCAAAUGAUGAUGAUCUCUGGACAGCAGUUGCCCUUCCCCAGCUCACCACAGGGACCAUAUUUCAUACCAGGACAGUACCGGUCAGCAACCUACAUGGCCACACCCCAGCAAUAUCCUGUACCAGCAGGCACCCCGGGCUUCUACCCAGGCACCAGUCCUGCUGAAUAUGGUACUUAUGCUGGGGCCUACUACCCAGCCCAGGCUCAGUUCACCCCCUCGGUGCAGGCGGCACCCGUCAUUAUGAACCCUGCCCCUCAACAGCAGCAGCCGCCACCUCAGCCCCCCCAGCACAUCCCCACCAAACGAGAGCGCAAACAGAUCAGAAUAAGAGACCCUAACCAAGGAGGCAGAGAUAUUACAGAGGAGAUAAUGUCAGGGGGCCGUAGUGGCUCUACCCCAACCCCACCGCAGACAGCCAUAUCUGGAUCAGAAAGUACAGCAGUGGGACAGGCCAACGGUGAGAGCGUCACAGCUGCUGCUUCACCAGCAGUGGUUAGACCAGAUGACAGAGGGAAACCUACUCCUCCUCCUACGUCAAAGACACCUGAACUUGCUAAGGGUGACCCCCUCCCCACAGAGGCUCCCUCCUCUGACACGAACACUAAGCUUCCGGCACCUUCUGUACUGUCAGAAGCAGAGGACACACCUCUCGACACUAAUUCCACCUUUGCACCAAGCCCUCCUGUUGCAGAUGUGAUGGAUGCUCCUCCACCUCCCAGAGAACCCACGCCACCUCUGAAAUCAGCACCUGAGGUGCCUGCAUAUCCCGCACCCCUCCCUGACCCCAUCCCUGCCUCUGCACAAGACAAAACAGAUGAGAAAGACACACAGGCAGAGGAGGAGGAGGCAGUGAAGGAAGAGGAGAAUAGAACAGAAGAGGCACCUGCCGCUUUGGACACAUCGCUCACUCCCGACUCCACAUCUAACGGUGUGGCAGAGGUAGAGGCAGAAAGGCUGUCAGUGGUGAUGCCACCCUGUCACCUGGAGGCUCCACUGGAGUCUCCCAUCGCACAGCCUGAGGAGCUCCGCCUUCCUAAUGGUCUGCCACUGCCUGCUCCUCAAGACCCAGAGGCCCCCAGCAUCAGCACAGCUGAGCGUGACGACAGUCCAAUCGCUGAGCCUGACGUUAGCCAGCACUCUGACACACCACCUGCCCUCACAACUAUCACUCAGGCAGCAGUGACACCUGUCAUUCAGUCCACACCUUCACCUGUUGAGAAGUCACAGUCAGAGCCUGUGGUUGAGGAGGUUCCUACUGAACCUAUCGUCCAGGAAGCACCCGCUCAAACGGAGGCAACGCCCACCAAGACGCCUGAGGUCCAAGAUGUGGUUUCUCCCAUUACCCUGGAUCUCAAAGAAGAUACUCCAGUGCCCCAGUCCAAGGAAGAGACGCAAUCUCCUGCAGAGACGGGUUCUAUACCAGACAGCACCCCAGAAACAGUGGCCACUCCUCCUCCUCCCACAGCAGAGGAGAGGGAGGACACUCCUCCUCCCCAGACGGUCACCCCUGCCCUUGUUGAAACUACUAUGCAAGCUGCUGUGUCUGUGCCAAAGAAAAAGAGAAAGAUGAAGGAUCUGAACAAAAAGGAGGCAGUGGGGGACCUCCUGGAUGCCUUUAAAGAGGAGCAAGUGGUGGCCCCACCAGAGCCAGCCCCUGCCCCAGCACCAGAGAGCCUGCCUCCUGCUGCUUCCCUUCCUGCCCCUGAAGAGGCAGACCUGACCUGGGAGGAUAAAGAGGACAAACUGGAUGCCGAGAACAUUCAGCCAGACCCUGAAAAUCCAAGCAGCACUGACAUGAAGUACCAGUACAAAGAGGAUCAAUGGAAGCCAAUCAACACAGAGGAGAAGAAGAAAUAUGACAGGGAGUUCCUCUUGGGAUUCCAGUUCAUCUCAGCCAGCAUGAACAAACCUGAGGGUCUACCAGCCAUCAGCGAUGUUGUCUUAGACAAGGCUAAUAAGACCCCACUGCGUCAACUUGAUCCCAGUCGCCUCCCAGGGAUGAACUGCGGCCCUGACUUCACACCCUCUUUUGCCAACCUUGGAAGACCUGGCAUGGGAGGAGGGAGCAGAGGACCACCUGCUGGUAUGGGUAUCGGUGUCAGUGGUCCACGUCGAUCUCAGCAGAUGCAGAGGAAAGAGCCAAGGAAAAUCAUCACCAGCAUGUCGCUCAAUGACGACGUGCAACUGAACAAGGCAGAGAAGGCUUGGAAGCCCUCGAUGAAGAAAGCCAAUCGCAAUCGUGCCUCAGAGGAGACUGAGGAGAACGAUGCAGAGCAUUUAAAGACCCAGGACCUGUUUAAGCGGGUUCGCAGCAUCCUCAACAAACUGACCCCCCAAAAGUUUCAACAGCUAAUGAAACAGGUCACAGAACUGACCAUUGACACUGAGGAGAGGUUAAAAGGAGUCAUAGACCUGACCUUUGAAAAGGCCAUCUCUGAACCAGACUUCUCAGUGGCCUAUGCCAACAUGUGCCGCUGCCUUAUGGGGCUCAGAGUCCCAACCACAGAUAAGCCGGGAACCACUGUGAAUUUCCGCAAGCUGCUACUAAAUCGAUGCCAGAAAGAGUUCGAGAAGGACAAAGAUGACGACGAGAUCUUUGAGAAGAAGCAGAAAGAGCUGGAGGCUGCAUCAGGGGAGGAGGAGAAGCAGCGGCUCACUGAGGAACUGGAAGAGGCUAAAGACAAAGCAAGAAGACGCUCCCUUGGUAACAUCAAGUUCAUCGGUGAGCUGUUCAAGCUCAAGAUGCUAACUGAGGUCAUCAUGCAUGACUGCAUUGUAAAGCUGCUCAAAAACCAUGACGAGGAGUCCCUGGAGUGCCUGUGUCGACUGCUAUCCACCAUUGGCAAGGACCUAGACUUUGAGAAGGCUAAGCCUCGUAUGGACCAGUACUUCAAUCAGAUGGAGAAAAUCAUAAAGGAGAGGAAGACCACCUCGAGAAUCCGCUUCAUGUUACAGGAUGUGCUGGAUCUUCGACGGAAUAACUGGGUGCCCAGGCGAGGUGACCAGGGCCCAAAAACAAUCGACCAGAUCCACAAAGAUGCUGAAAUGGAAGAGCACAGAGAACAGAUGAAGGUUCAGCAGGCCCUUAUCUCAAAGAAGGAGUCUGUUGGAGGUCCAGGAGGAAGGAUGGGUGGAGGAGGGCCCGGGGGUCGUGGGGGCCCUCACACUCCAGGCCGAGGGGCUCCUCCACAAGACGAGGGCUGGAAUACGGUGCCCAUCUCCAAGAACCGGCCCUUUGACACAUCUCGCUUUAGCAAAAUCACUAAGACUCCUGCUCUUGACUUCAACAAUCAGUUACUUGCCCCUGGAGGUAAAGGCACAUGGGGGAGCUGGGGCAAGGGCAGCAGCGGUGGUACCAGUGCCAAACCUGUAGAUUCCGGCUCAGAAACAGGCGGCCGUCCAGCCACCAGCACCCUGAACAGGUACUCAGCUUUGCAGCAGCCUUCUUCCUCCUCAGGCUCAACAGUGGACUCAGACAGACGAGUUCCACAGAGAAACAGCUCGAGUAGAGAGCGCAGUGACCGUUUUGACCGGUCAGACCGUGGCGGUGACCGCUUUGACCGACGAGAUGAACGAAGGGACGACCGGGAUCGAAACAGGUUGCAGGUAACCAAGCGCAGUUUCAGUCGGGAGAACGAGGAACGGAGCCGGGAGAGGGACCAACGUGGGUCGGCCGAUCCCGUCCGCAGAGUAGCGAGUAUGACAGAUGACCGAGACCGAGGCAGCAGGGAGAGAGCCAGGAGUAAAGAGAAUGUAAAGCGGGAGACAGCUGCCACCCCUCCACCUCCUCAGACUCCCACCAAACCUGCCUUGACUGAGGAGGAACUCGACAAGAAAUCCACAGCCAUUAUCGAGGAGUACCUCCAUAUCAAUGACAUGAAGGAAGCCCUGCAGUGUGUGCAGGAGAUGAAUAGCACUGACCUCCUGUUUGUGUUUGUGCGAAAUGGACUGGAGUCAACACUGGAGCGCAGCACCAUUUCUAGAGAGCACAUGGGCUUGUUGCUGCACCAGCUCAUCAAGACCAACAUUCUUCCAAAACAGCAGUACUUUAAAGGGCUUCAUGAAAUCCUUGAGGUGGCUGAAGACAUGGCCAUAGAUAUCCCUCACAUCUGGCUUUACCUGGGAGAGCUUAUUACUCCCAUGCUCCAUGAAGGAGGCAUCCCUAUGGGAGACCUUUUCAGGGAGGUUUCAAAGCCUUUAAUCCCUCUGGGCAAAGCUGGGAUCCUGCUGGUCCACAUCCUCACUUUACUCUGCAAAGGAAUGAGCCAUAAAAAGGCAGGGACAAUGUGGAGAGAGGCAGGUCUCCGGUGGAAAGACUUCCUCCCUGAAGAUGUAGACCUCAACAAGUUUGUGACAGAAAAGAAUGUGGAGUUUACCCUGGGUGAUGAAUCAGAGAAGAGUAAAAAGAAGGAAAUGACUGCUGUAGAGCUGACCAACCAGCUGGACAGACUGAUCCAGGACAAGGCCGACAACCAGAGGAUCUUUGACUGGGUUGAGGCCAACCUAGAUGAGCAGCAGACCUCCUCCAACAUGUUUAUCAGAGCGCUGAUGACCUGCAUCUGCCAGUCAGCAAUCAUCUGUGAGAACCCCUACAAGGUGGACGGUGAGCAGAUCAAACAGCAGGCCAAGCUGCUGCAGAAAUACCUGAAGGAUGAGCAGAAGGAGCUGCAGGCUCUCUAUGCCCUGCAGGCCCUGAUGGUGCAGAUGGAGCAGCCUGCAAAUCUGCUGCGGAUGUUCUUUGACACACUCUACGACGAGGAUGUGAUCAAAGAGGAGGCCUUCUACAAGUGGGAGUCCAGCAAAGACCCUGCUGAGCAACAGGGCAAGGGCGUGGCCCUGAAGUCCGUCACCGCCUUCUUUACCUGGCUCCGCGAGGCCGAGGACGAAUCCGACAACAGCUAGGACUGCCACACCUCUGCUGUACUGGAAGGACAGGGAGGACAGAGUGGAUCUGCUGGGAGAGCGAAUGUUCUGUGGAUGAUUCGGAAGAGUCUGAAUCAGCAAAAAUCCUUCUGCUUAAACAGAAAAAAAGCAAGAAAAAAAUUCUUCAACUGGGAGAGAUUGUUUUAUGGAUCGAACGUUCGAUCAUGUUAUUUUUUGUGUUCUUUUGGGUUUCUUGUUCCAUGUGCAACCGAAUGUCUUUUUUUUUUUUGGAAAAAAAAGAAAAUACAUAAUUUUAAUAGAGAGUAUAGAUAUGAGAGAAAAUGCUGAGAAGCAUUACAAGUUAUGGGAGAUAAUGCUGUGUUCAGUAUUUUUUUUAGAUUUAUCUCCUGUUUUCAAAUGACUUUUCUUCGCCACGGCAACACUAUUCAAGACACUUUGCUUAAAGACAGAUAUAAAAAACUUUAAAGGCUGUUCACAUCUAUAUUUUUGAUGACUUCCUUUGCCAUGUCGACAUGACAGUGACAUUGCCAUGUCACAUGUAUGGUGUUUGAUCUACAUGACAUGCUUAUGUAGACUGCUAGCUUUUUGUUUCUCUUUUUCUGGUUGGAUGAUUGGAGUGCGUUUUAUAAUAAAAUAGAAAACUACAAAGAAAAGUGAAUGGGGCAAAAAGCUGUCUAAUGGACAUUUCAAACAGGAGUUUAUGAACGGUUAUGGACUCCUGAGGAUUUCACAAAGACUUUGUGACAACGGGGACAAAGAACUUUGACCAUAUUGCUGCUGGGUUGGGGCGAUGCCCCCCUCCCUGAUGCCCCUUCAACCCACCCCGACCCCUUAGCUACCCUCUGCGUACAUCCUGUGCUCCAAAAAAGAAACUGUUGGGCUGAAAAAGGGAGAGUAAGCACAAGCCCUUCCUACAGAGCCUGUUGAAUUUUAAAAAGAUAUCGCUAUUGAAACUUGGAAAAAAAAAAAUAUAGACAAAAAUUAACUUUAAUGAAGACUUUAAAAAAGUAAAGUUUAACAGUUCGGAUC